UUCGUUGUGUAAGUGCGAUCGUUCAAUUUCGGCUGCCACCGCGAAAAAGAUCAAAAUCGUGAGAAGCCACUAGAAAGAAAAAGUGCCGAGUUUAAAUUUUUGAUCGUUUUGUUCGUUAAAAAUAGUGUUUUUCCUGCAAAAAGAACGGAUAUUUGUGCGACCAGUCGGUGGGCUAUUGAAUUUACUAGCUAGAUUGCAGCAGAAAUCGUUUUCCAAGGAUAUUUUUUGCGUGAAAGGUUAUUUCACCGGAUUACAAACUGGCUACAGCAACGAUGUCCACCCAGCAGAGCCCCGCUAGUUUGCAGGCGGCGGCCAAUAGCGAAAAAGUUUUCCAAUGGAUCAACGAACUGUCGAACCCGGAGACACGCGAAACUGCCCUACUAGAGCUAAGCAAGAAACGGGAAUCUGUUCCCGAUCUGGCGCCGAUGCUGUGGCACAGCUUCGGUACCACUGCCGCGCUGCUGCAGGAAAUCAUCAACAUAUAUCCAUCGAUAAAUCCAGCCACCCUAACGGCCCACCAGUCCAAUAGGGUGUGCAAUGCGCUCGCUCUGCUGCAGUGCGUUGCGUCGCACCCGGAAACCCGGUCUGUCUUCCUGGCCGCACAUAUUCCGUUAUUCCUUUACCCGUUCCUACACACCACCUCGAAGACGCGACCGUUCGAGUAUCUGCGGCUUACCUCGCUCGGGGUUAUCGGUGCCCUGGUGAAAACCGACGAGCAGGAGGUCAUUACCUUUCUGCUCACGACGGAAAUCAUUCCGCUCUGCUUGCGCAUCAUGGAGUCCGGUUCGGAGCUGAGCAAAACUGUUGCAACGUUCAUUCUGCAGAAGAUUUUGCUGGACGAUAGCGGUUUGUCGUACAUCUGCCACACCUACGAUAGGUUCUCGCAUGUGGCGAUUAUACUGGGUAAAAUGGUGAUUUCACUGUCUAAGGAACCAUCGGCGAGACUGUUGAAGCACGUUGUUCGAUGCUACCUGAGAUUAUCGGAUAACCCAAGAGCCCGCGAAGCUCUUCGUCAGUGCCUGCCGGAUCAGCUGCGUGACGGAACGUUUGCUGCUUGCCUGCAAGAAGACAAGUCGACCAAACCGUGGCUUUCACUGCUGCUUAAGAAUCUGGAAACUGUAACCGUAUCUGGCAUAUCACCGCUAACUUCCUAAUGGGACCAGGCGUGAAUGCGUGCGUGUUUGUGUCUGUAUGCGUAUAUGUGCGAAUGAGCUGGCAUGCUAGCAUGGCCUCUAGGGAGAUCCACUGAAUGGAAACGGCGUCCACCCUCUCCAGCCACCCCGUUGAUAACAUGUGUUCCUGAACCUGAACGAACCACGUGAACCACCAGUCGAAUACUGAACAAGAAUAUUUUAUAUUGAGGUAAGAAUGCUUGCAGAUCUUUCCCUGAAAGGGAAGCUGCGCUAAAAUAACCAAGAUGUUUAGAACUCGUUCGUUAUACCGCACCGGAUUACGAGGAGGUGCUUUGCAUACGCAAGCAGGAUUAGAAUUUGUUUCCCUUACUUUUCAGACAAAUAAGUACGGUUUAUCGUUAGAAGUCUUGUUUCGAGCUGUUUAGAAUUUAGAACAAAACCGAAUUGAAGAAGAGUUAGUUUAAGAGUUAAUACGAAACAUUUUCCAAGAAAAGAAAAUCCCGUUCUAGAUUACGAAUUUCGAUGGUAGUAUCAAUAAGUGGACUCGCAGUUCUAAUUGGAAGAUGGGCGAUAAAAAUUGUUGAUAUAUAAAUUUUUGUAUUUCCAUAAAAUAGGCUGACAGAAACGGAAAGUGCAUAAACGUUAUUGAAGUACAUAUAUUCAUAUUCGUGCAUCCACAAAGGAGAACCAGCUGCUAGUAGAAUAAGACGGAAAAGAAUAAAAAUGAGACUGCUCAAUAAGUCAAAGGUUGGGAUUAGGAAAGUCUAGCUACAGAGUUAUUAAAGUUUAUUUUUUAUAUACUCAGCUGAAUGAUGGACAUUUCUACUGCCUAAAUUUAUUUUGUAUUCGUACCAGUUUAAUUCGUUUGUAUCUAAGUGAUUACGAUUAACCAGAGUCGCUCUUGAAACAUUAGCCGGUAAUGAUAAUUAAAAACAAAACUGUUGCGAAAUGUGACAUGUUCAAUACUUACAAUAA